CACACACACACGCAGAGCUAAAAGCAUAAGGGCAAGAGAGCGGAGUUAUUCCGUAUUUGUUGCUCCGAUCCGUAACCUUGCGACCCGUUUGCGAAUCGAUCGCACGCUUUCCACGUUUACGUUUGUCGGGUAGAUUCUUUUCCUUUCCAUUUCGCACCGAAUCCAUUUCCCGCGCGUGUAAAAUGUGAUGGUACGAGACGGCUAUGCGAGCUACGACGACAAUGGCAACGACACGGGACUUGCAAUCUUAAGGGUGGGGUAUUUAUUUUUGCGUUGCAGCUCGAAUCGUGCAAGAACGAGCGAAACAUUCGUCGCGUAUUCGCGGUCAUCAUUGCCAGAAAUAGAUAUCGGUGAUGUGUACGUGGGUGUGUUGGAGCGCUGUGUGUGUUCUCAAUGGUCCCCAAUGAUUCUCCAUCGCUCGAGAUUCGAUACGAAAAAAAUGGCAGGAAAUUCUCGCGGCAACGCGGAGACGGAUAAGUCGAAUCGCGUUGCGUUCCCGUGCUCGUGUCAAAGCGACGCUUCUGGCGACGCUUACCAAAUAUAUGAUGAAUGCACGUUUGCGUGAAAACAAACGCGAGCCAAUGUGCGAGUUGUAAUUCGUAUAUGUAACUCGGAGAAAACAUGUCCUUCCAUCUCUUACCAUCAUUUCCUUUCGUUUGACACUGUGUUUUUUCAUGCGGAUAUUAUCCUACUGACAAGAGUGUGACACGCGCACGUGACUUGUAAACGAAAGGUGCGAGGAGAUGGGAAAGGACUACUACAAAAUACUUGGCAUAGCCAAGGGAGCGAGCGAUGAGGAGAUAAAAAAGGCUUACAGAAAAUUAGCCUUACGAUACCAUCCCGACAAGAACAGAAGCCCAGGUGCUGAGGAAAAAUUCAAGGAGAUAGCCGAGGCAUACGAGGUGUUGUCGGACGCGAAGAAGAGAGAAGUCUACGAUAAAUUUGGCGAGGAGGGUCUGAAAGGAGGUGCCUCGGCCGGUGGAGGCGGAGGAGGUGCCACGUACACUUUCCACGGCGAUCCUAGGGCAACGUUCGCACAAUUCUUCGGCUCGGCCAGCCCUUUCCACAACUUGUUCGAGUUCGCUGGUAACCGCGGAGGUGGAUUCGCCUUCCACGACGACGACAUGGACAUCGACAUGGAUCCUUUCGGACUCGGCGGCAUGGGACCACCGCGGCAAGGCGGCGCCUUUAGAUCGCAUUCGUUUAACUUUGCGAGCCCGAAUACCUGUAAAGGGACUGGCAAGGAUCGUGCCCAAGAUCCGGCCAUCGAGCACGAUUUGUACAUUAGUCUAGAAGAGAUUCUGCGAGGUUGCACGAAGAAGAUGAAGAUUUGCAGACGGGCCAUACAGCCGGACGGUAGCACUAAGAAGGAGGACAAGCUUCUUACCAUCAAUGUAAAACCGGGCUGGAAAGCUGGUACCAAAAUCACUUUCCAGAAGGAAGGCGAUCAAUCGCCGCGGAGGGAACCCGCGGACAUUGUUUUUAUCAUCAGGGACAAGCCGCAUCCGCAAUUCAGGAGAGAAGGCAGUGACAUUAGAUAUACGUGCAAAUUAAGCUUGAAGCAAGCUUUGUGCGGUACUAUUGUCGAAGUUCCUACGCUAACCGGCGAAAAGAUACCUUUGAAUCUAACGAGAGAGAUUGUCAAGCCGAAUACGGUCAAGAGGUUCCAAGGACACGGUCUACCCUUCCCCAAAGAACCAUCGCGGAAGGGCGAUCUUCUCGUAUCAUUUGACAUCAAAUUCCCUGAAACUUUAACGCAAAGCGCCAAGGAUAUAUUGUAUGACACGUUACCCAAUUGAGCUCGUAUUACCGAUCGAAAAACGCGCAAACGCGUAUGACAUAAGAAUUAUUGUCGUAAUUUCACAUAUUUAAUCGUUUCAAUCAGCAAAAGUAUGGAUAUGUCUCGUGUACGUUCUAGUACAUGUAGAGACGCACGCGAAGACGUAGCGACAAUGACGACGAAGACGAUGACUACGACUACUACGAUUAAACGAACAACUAUGAUAAAAUGAUCGAGAAGAUCGGUUAAAUAUUAUCGCGAUUUGUUCUUAGAGGCCAAAUCAAAUCAAAUAAAUAUGUAUUUUCUUCGACGUUCGAAAUUUAAUUCAAUUGAAAUUCAGCGACUUGAUGUCUAUAUGUAGCUGCGUGAUUGGUCUCUAACGAUAGUUUUAGUCAAUAUCGACUAAAGAGUAUAAGACAUAAAAAGUAUAAACACACACACACACAGAUAUAAAUAUAUUAAAUUAUAAAAUUAUUAUAGAGAAUCUGGUAUAUAUUCGCUAAUUUCACAUUGUUGUGUCUGGAUUACUUGGUUUUCUCCAUUGUACACAUGUGCGUAUGUGCAUGUGAAUGCGUGGGCGUGUAUGUGCGUGUAUGUCCUAGGGGUACAUACAUGUGGUAUGUACGGAGGCUGUAGAAUAACGCAAGUGCAAUAUCAGAAAUUUUAUCCGUUUCACUUAAACGAGGUUCAUGUACUCGUGACACGUGACACGCUGUUCAGCGAUAUAACACGCUUAUAGAGUUAUCGAAAGCAAAGAAAAGAAAAAGGAAAGAGUGAGAAAGGGUGAGACGAAAAUUUCAGAUAUUGCAACGAAUAUUGUACAUCAUUUUUGUCGUACACUCUGUCUUAUAAUAUAAAGAAAAAAAUUUUUGUUUACAUUAGAUAUUGCAAGACACAAUCUGUCGAAUAUAUAUUAGGCUCGAUUGUUUCUUCUAAUGUCGAGUCCACAUCUUGUUAUGUAAUUGCUCCUAAGUUUAAUAACUGAUUAAUUAUUUGUACGCUAAAUAAUAUGAGAAAUAUUAGGUUGUA